GGCCGGCAGGCGGCCGCCCUCGCGGGGAGGCGGAGGGAGCCGCGGGGGGGAGGGGGGCUCCAUGAGGGGUUGCGGCAGCCCCAGGCCGGGCCUGCCCAGGCGGCUGACUCCUCCCUUGGGGAAGGAGGGUGCGCUGGGGCCGCCUCCGCCCGCCGGGGCCGCCGCCGUGUGACUGGGAGCUCGCAGCCCCGAGUGGCUGCGGGGCGCCGGGCCUGAGCCGGCGGGCGUCGACACCCUGCCCCCGCGGGACGGGGCCUCCUGGGCCCGGCCCGGCCCGCCGCUCCCUCCCGGCCCGCCGGGGUCCCCGCCGGCAGCAACAAUGUUUUCUCUCAAGCAGCCCAAGCCCACCUUCAAGUCCUACCUUCUGCCGCUGCCUCAGGCUGAUGACCAUAUAAUGUCAGAACCAAGGAUUAAAAAACUGGAACCAGUACUUUUGCCAGGUGAAAUUGUGGUAAAUGAAGUAAACUUUGUAAGAAAAUGCAUCGCAACAGAUACAAGUCAAUAUGACCUGUGGGGCAAAUUGGUUUGCACUAACUUCAAGAUUUCCUUUAUUACGGAUGACCCAAUGCCACUGCAGAAAUUCCAUUAUAAAAACCUCCUCCUUGGUGAACAUGACGUCCCAUUAACAUGCAUUGAGCAGAUUGUCACAGUGAAUGACACCAAGAGGAAGCAGAAGGUCCUUGGUCCCAACCAAAAACUUAAAUUUAAUCCAACUGAAUUAAUAAUUUAUUGCAAAGACUUCCGUAUUGUCAGAUUUCGUUUUGAUGAAGCGGGUCCUGAAAGUGCAAAAAAGGUAACCUGUUCAGUGCUGCAUGUUUUUCCUGAUGUCCAGCUUGAAUGUCCCAAGAUGAGUUUCUGGUUGCUGCCCGUUAUGUCAUCUGGCAAGACUGAGUCUGUAACUACCUUCCUGGCAGUGGUUUCCUGCAGUCUCAUUAUUGCACAGGUGUGCCUUGCGAUAGCUCAUUAUUCUCAGCCAACGGAUCUUCAGCUUCUCUUUGCAUUUGAGUAUGUUGGCGAAAUAUAUCAUAAUCCAGCAAAGAAGGUGAAUGGAAUAGACCCAGGAGGUGGUGGUGGUGGCAUCGGCAGUGCCAGUGGUCAGCAGACACCUCUGUUUGAAACUUACUCUGAUUGGGAUAGAGAAAUCAAAAGGACAGGUGCAUCAGAGUGGAGAGUUUGUUCAGUCAAUGAAGGUUAUAUGAUAUCUACUUGCCUUCCAGAAUAUUUUGUGGUUCCAUCUUCCUUAGCAGAUCAAGACCUUAAGCUGUACUCCUACUCUUUCAUUGGGAGACGAAUGCCAUUAUGGUCCUGGAACCACCCUAACGGGAGUGCCCUUGUGAGAAUGGCCAACAUUAAAGAUGUAUUGCAACAAAGAAGAAUUGAUCAAAGGAUUUGUAAUGCAAUAACUCGAAGCCAUCCCUUGAGAAGUGACGUUUACAAGUCUGAUCUGGACAAGUGUCUCCCCAACAUCCAGGAAAUCCAGGCUGCACAUAUCAAACUCAAACAGCUGUGUGUUAAUGAGCCUUUUGAAGAAACUGAAGAGAAGUGGCUGUCCUCACUGGAAAAUACUCACUGGUUAGAGUAUAUUAGAUCGUUUCUUAAGCAUUCUGCUGAGCUUGUAUAUAUGAUGGAGUGUAAGCAUGUUUCUGUAGUUCUGCAAGAGGAAGAGGGACGGGACCUGAGCUGUCUUGCUGCUUCUCUCAUUCAAGUCAUGCUGGAUCCCUAUUUCCGAACAAUUGUUGGAUUUCAAAGCUUAAUACAGAAGGAAUGGGUCAUGGCAGGAUACCAGUUUUUAGAUAGGUGUAACCACUUGAAGAGAUCUGACAAAGAGUCUCCUUUGUUCUUGAUGUUUCUUGACUGUGUUUGGCAGCUGCUAGAACAAUACCCAGCAGCCUUCGAGUUUUCUGAGAUGUACUUGACCAUAUUGUACGACAGUGCACGUAUCUCCUUGUUUGGCACUUUCCUUUUCAAUUGUCCUCAUCAGCGAGUAAAGGAAAGCACUGAAUUUGCCAUAAGCAAAAACAUUCAGCUGGGUGAUGAGAAAGGCCUCAGAUUUCCUUGUGUUUGGGACUGGUCUCUUCAGUUUACAAGCAGGGAUCGCCUGCUCUUUCACAACCCUUUGUAUAUUGGCAAGAGUGCACCAUGUGUACAAAACGGAGCAGUGAAAACUUUUAAACGCGCAAAGAAAAACUACAGCUCCACGUUACGAGGUGUCCCCCCGGCAUUAAAAAAUGGAAUCAUCAGUGAGCAAGAGUUCCUUCCAAGAAGAAACUCUCUGAUACUAAAACUGAAACCGGAUUUCUUACAGCAAGCAGAGAGUCAGAGUAACAGUAUGGAACAGUACUUCAGAGACUGGUUUGCAAAGCCUGUCGAUUUGCACGGCGUAAUUCUACCCCGUAUCUCUGGAACGCAAAUAAAACUGUGGAAACUGUGCUACUUCCGCUGGGUUCCUGAGGCCCAGAUUAACCAUGGUGGCUUCAUCACUGCUUUCCAUAAAGUUUCUUUGCUGGCAGAUGAAGUAGACACGUUAAACCGGAACCUUCGGCAGUACAAAAGCAACUCGUCUUUGCAAGGCAACUGCUCCGAACUGGAUCAAAGCAGGAUGUACUUCAGAGCAAAUAGUUUAAAUGACACCUCUGGGGCCCCAGACUUUCUCUCCUCCUCAUUCCCAUUUUCUCCUGUAGGGAACCUAUGCAGACGGAGCAUUCUGGGAACACCUUUAAGCAAAUUUUUAAGUGGUGCCAAAAUCUGGCUGUCCACUGAGACCCUUGCAAAUGAAGACUAAGAUGGUGUGAUGGUUUAGAGGUUUGGGGAGAAUACAGCCUAUCAGUUAACACUGCUAAAUGCGGCAUUGAACGCUGUAACAAUUUUUACAUACAAACAUUAUGUAAGUUUUGCACAAAUACUUAAAAGCAAAGCGAGUCAUGCUUCAAAUCGCACAAUUUUGUCUUUCAGUAGUUCUCAUCUGCUAGGGCUUCUGGUCCCUAAUUCCUUCUGUAGUUUUGUGGUUUGGCUCAUUUGUAUGCGAUGGAGCAUUUCAUUAGCUAAUGAAAAGCUUGGUGUGGUUAUUAAUGAGGGUUCUGCUUAAAAUAGCUUUUUUCCCAGAUAGUGGCUGAAGUGAGUCUUGUGUCAAAACAGCUUGGUGAAUCAGAGUAGUUAGGUGCAGUGGACACAGACUGACAGCUGAAAUCUGGGAACAGACUUUUUUAUCAGAUUGCCUCUUCAGGAAGAAUACUUAUAUGCAUACAUGCAUACAUACAAACGUUCUGUGACUUGAUCACCCUAUGUAUGUGUUAAUGCGGUGUGUAUCUGGGGCAGGAGGGAGGUCCCCUUUUCUUUCUCUCCUCAAAAUGUAUUCAUUAACAGUUAGUCAGAUUUGUGCUCUUUGUCAUAAGCUUGACUUUAGACUAUAGGAAUCAACUUCAGGACAAUGCACUGUUAACCUUAAACAUUUACUGUAGAUAUGGUAUUGUAGUAGCUUUAGAAGUGCCUUUAAUUGGGAGGAACCAGUAGCAAGGUUACUCUAAUGCAGCUGACCCCCCCAACUUUUUACAAUAGCUUGUUAGGUAAGUGCUUGUUCCAUCCCCUGCCUCUACCUCCCCAUUUCUGGAAAUAACAGAAGGCCAGCUCAAGACACAGCAGGUUUCUCCUCUUUAAGGUUAAGCUUAUUUGUAAGCCUCACGAGAGCCUCACUUUUGUAGAUCAGCACCUCAAAUAGCAUUAUACGCCUGCAUGGCGUGUAUUUUAGAGCACGUGCAUCUGGAGUGGCCUUACGGGUGCAAGCUUUGUGCUAGGAAAGGCCAGCACUUACAGGACCCUAUUUUCCCCAGGCUAAAAAUUGCCUAACGUACAAAGCUGUUGGGGGCACUGUGUUUGGGUUGGUGGGGAGAAGCAGGCAGUUUCAUUGUAAAGGUGAGCUAAUGCAAGGGGGGGCAGACUUCCCUUUUUAACUAACCAAACCCCAACAACCUGGUUUUAUGCAAAGAAGCUGCGUGUGUGUGCACAUGCAGACAUGCACAUGCAUGUUAGGACAUAAUGCCAGAUUGGUUCUGGCCAACUGGUUGUGAGGAAAAAAACAUGUAUUCACCUCAAUUGCCUAAUUAUGCUGCAAGAUGGUCUGAGCAUGUUAAAUGGUCCACAAACCAGUUGUGUUUAUUUACAAGCUUGCUGGAGCAGUCAUCUACCUUGUUCAAUUCAUUAUUCAAAUGUUUGUAUUAGUUUGCUUUUGAGAUUUUUUUUUUUUCAUUAGCUUACAGCUUUCCCUGGCCUGAUACUUGACAUAAAAGACCUCAACCUGUGUGCUUAGUGUCUUUUGGUACCAAUUUUUUUUGUUUAAAAUUAGUUAAAACUAGGGUGUCUUUUUUUUUUUUCCUUAAAAGUAUAACUUUUUUUGGUUUAAAGGUACCAAAAAAUGUGUAAAUAAAUUAUUCCACACAGGCAGCUGGUGGAAUAAAAAAAAUUUAAUGUUUAGGCUAGUACCCUUUGGGGGAAAAAUGGGUACUAUAUUUAAACAGGAUUGUCUUUUAUAAGGAGAUUUCAGACAUUUUUACAUUUCAGUUCUAAGAUGUGUACAGAUGCUGCAGAUGGUCUUUGUAUUUUAUAUAUAUAGCAUGGGAGGAGGGGGUUACAAAUAAUAUGCCUUUAUAAUAAACAAAACCUGUCUAACUAUCUACUUGCCAAACAGAGUGAAAAAGAAAUGUUACCCAGUGCAAAAAGGGGAGUUAGGGAAGCAGAGGCUGAGGUGGUGAUGAGCACAGGGGGGAGCGAUGGGCCACCUCCUGUGGGGAGGAAGGGGAGCUAUCCACCUUUCCCUAGAAAUGCAGACCAGGUUCCGCUUCCUCACGUUCGCACGGGCCUCGUGUCUGAGUAAUUGGAACAACUACUGUGUGUCUGUGUGUGCGCGCAUGUGUGCCUCUGUGUGUUGUUUCUUCCUAAGUUAAACAUCUUAAUUUUUUUAAUUUACUUUUGAAAGACAGGUACUAAAUGAUAAUUUUAAAAUAUUCUCCACUCUGCACAGUUGCCUUAUCAAUAGUCAGUAGGGACUGCUCUGAACAUCUUUAGUAACUUUUGAAAGCAAUUUUGGGGUGUGAGUACAUAUCUUUAACUUCUAUGUACAGAAUACUGACAUACAAGUGUAUAUAUAUGUGUGUGUGUGUAUAUAUAUAUGUACUCAUUUUCAAAUUUUAAUUUCUGUUCACCAUUUAAAACAAGAUACUGUUAAUGCCAUUUUGGUGUUGCAAGAGUAGAAAAACUACCAAGCAGCUUAUCUUUUUUUUUGGCUGUUUCUAGAAAACGUGCACUAUUUUGGCUGUUACUGGCUGUUAUAUCAUGACUUUUGUAGUACACUGUAAACCAUGCAAGGGGGAAAUAACGAAACGCUGGUUGCGAUAGUUACAAGUCUACCUCCAGUGUCAUUAAUGACUGUGAGGUAGGGCGUAUUGCUUAGUGAUCAUGGUAGUAAAACUUUAUUCACCAUUUACUGACAUCCAUCAAAGAAAUUUCUUUCAUUCCAGAAACGCAUUGAAAAGUAUGUGUUUGUGUGUACAUGUACACCCAGGCCUGCACGUGUGUUUAAUGUGCACCUGCCUGCAAUACCACUUUGAUAUUAACUGCCUUGUAUUUUUAAUGAAAAUGUAGCAAGUGGGGCAAAGGUUUUGGCUUACUCUCAGAGGGAAAGACAUUAAAACCAAAAAAUUUCUAACAUAUAUUUAAGCAAGGGGCAAAAAUCUUAAAUUUGCCUCUAACGUGAGAGACACAAAUCUGUACCUCAAAUUGCUCUAGGCAGUAGGUUUCUAAUGCUGUUGCUGUGGUGGUUUAGAGUUCGCUAUUUCAACUGAACUAAAACCUUUGUGCCUGUUAAUGAUUUUUUGAGUAAAGUAGCAGUGCCAGGAAGAUUAUAAAAUCCUGAUGCUGAGUUGUGAAUGUGAAGUAAAUUAGACUAAAUAAAAGUUCAUACCUUUCCACAGCGAA